UUCCGUAUUCUACGGUUUCGGUGCCGGCUUGCGAAUAUUCUAGAUUUGAUAGAUAAAAAAGUCCAAGGCAAGAUAUAACUCGCCAUUUACCAGUUUACCUCAGUGAACAGCACAGAAAAUCACUCAUAAAAUGGCAAACGCUAUGAAGAAGUUGAUUCCACUGCUGGACCGCGUCCUCAUCAAGAGGGCCGAGGCGGUUACGAAGACUGCGGGAGGUAUUGUGAUCCCUGAGAAGGCGCAGUCCAAGGUGCUCCACGGCGAGGUGGUGGCGGUCGGGCCUGGCGCCAGGAAGGAGAACGGAGACUUCAUCCCCCUUCUCGUGAAAGUCGGAGACAAGGUACUUCUGCCGGAGUACGGCGGCACCAAAGUCAGCCUCGAAACAGACGACGAGUACCAUCUAUUCAGGGAAUCGGACAUUCUGGCGAAGAUCAACCAGUAAAACCUAGUGCUAGCUUUAAUUUUGUGCGAUUCUGAUAAUUUUAGUUCUACUUUAGUAGUUUAUAGUGUAUGAACAUGAUUUGAUUGUGUAAUAUGUUGGAUGUCUGAACAAAUGUUAAGUCCGUUGCAUUUCUAAUUAUAAUAUUGUUAUAAA